GGAAUCUGAUCGAGAUUGAAAAACUGCUAACCUUUCAUCUCCACUUCCUUCCCUCAUUUCAUCCAUUGAAGAAAUCCUCUCCAUUGUUUUUCCAUAAACUAUGUUGGGUUUUUUGAGUAACCACUUAGUACUUUGUAGAUCCCGACUACCUUUACAGAACAACAAGUUUACGUCAGCGAAACGUGUUGGCGGAGCAACCUAUGUUGCAAGACCUUGUAUGCUUUUGAAUAUAUUACCCGUACAAGAAGGUGUAAAACAUCUUACCCAUAUCGCACCUAUGUAUCUCUCGUCUGAAUCGGGUGGUAUGGUUGUCCAAGAAGGUGGUUAUUUAGCUGUUUUAUUGGGCGUCUUGUUUCCAGUUGCUUUUCUCAUCAUUCUUUAUAUUCAGUCGGAAGCAAGGAACGCAGGGAUGAGGGAAUAGAAAAGAUAUGUAAAACCCCUUCUUUUCAAUAAAAUGAGGUAUUUGCUUUUUGUCCAGUAACAUUGUCAUCCAUCAGCUCUUAUGAGAGGGGGAAUGGAAGGAUCCGACGAUGCCUAGUUCAAAGCGAUACGCUCUU